AUGAAAAUCACCGACUGGGAUUCUUUGGCUCUUGCUUUCUAUGUGAAAUACUUCCCACCUGAGAAGACGACUCGUCUAAGGGGAGAGAUAAUUUCCAUUACCCAACGAGCAGACGAGAGUUUGUUUGAAGUCUGGGAAAGGUUCAAGGAUCUGCAGAGAGAGUGCCCACACCAUGGUAUUGAUGACUGGUUCUUGAUCCAACAAUUUUACAACGGUCUGGGUAACGAGUCUAGAAUCAUUCUAGAUUCUGCUGCUAGUGGGAGAUUUAUGCAACUGGAGGGUGCGGGUCAACAAAAAGCUGGGAACACGAGUUUUUUGAAUGCAAUUAUGCAGUACUUCACUCGCAUUGUUCUCUUUUUCAAGGGCUUCUAUCACUCAAACACGAGGUAUCAAGUCAUGAAUGAAAUUGCAUGCGGUAAUUAUGUGUGUUGUGAAGGCUUUGAAAGUAGUGUUGACUUGAACACAUGUUUGGGUCCCCGAACAACUCGUAGACAUUACUGUUACUCCUCUGCUCUUCCUUCUAUUUACAAGAACGGCGAAGGAUGUGGUGCUUGUUUUCAGGUAAGGUGCAAGAACAGUGAUGUAUGCAGUCUAAAAGGGACAAGGAUAGUAGUGACUGAUAUCCAUACUGAUAAGAACAACAUCACAGACUUUGUGCUAAGUAGCAGUUUCCGAUUUAUAGCGCAAUUGGGUGAGAAAGAGAAGGCAGUGGUGGAAGAGAUGCUGAAUGAGGCGAAGAAGUACUUGCUGAAAAACAACGACAUCAACAAUGCUCGUCAGAUUACUGCAAUGGUCGUCGGCGCUAUAAGAAGAAGUUUCGGUCAAAGAAUGAGGAAGUACAAAGAGCACAACUGGAUAGGGAGUUUCAUGGCGAGGCUUCCAGAGUUCAUUAAUGGAGGCGACGGAGCCGUGUUUGCGCACAAGGGCUCUAAGGGAGCCGUGAUUUAUGGACUCGAGCAAGAUGCAUCACCUCGUCCUCUUCCAUGGAUACUAGCCUGGUCCAAGCCCGAUACCCCUGGUCAACCUAACAGGGUGUAUGUGGAGGGUGGGACACUAGAGAGGAUCCUUAGAAAGGGUUGGAAUGAAAUUGAAGAGGAUCUUGAUAAGUCUGGAACCUACAGUCAAAACUAUGACAUGAGUCGUUGCUACAACUCUUGCUGAAACGCAAGUCCAAUCCAAUGAGAGAGGCAUGGAAGACCGCACUGCUCUGGAACGACAAACUGGACAUCUUGAAUGCUUCAUACUAUUAUAUUGUGAGUCUACUGACCAACACAACUGUUGGUGCAAAAUUGAGCCACAGCUUCUCGAGUAAUGAGAAUACACUCAACAUUGGUACCCAACAUGCGUUGGACCCAUUGACUUCAGUUAAGGCUCGUGUUAACAACCUAAUGCAUAUUUUUAGAAAAUUCAGAUUGUUUAUAAGUUGAAAUUCUAUUUUAUUGUGACUGGAAUACUGGUUAGUACUUAGUAGUUUGUGGUAUCGCAUCGUCGAGUCAUUAUUGUUCAGAUGUUCUAUUUGAAGUAUUACAUUACCUAGUACCCAUGCCAAUUGUUGUUCUCUUGGUAAUUUCUGUAACUUUGUUCAUUCUGGAAUUUUGUUUAAAUUGAAUAUCACUAUGUGUGGA